GUCAAUAGUCUAUGCCUAGUGGUAGCCUAGGCCCAGCAUCUAACUCUAGCUUCCAAGAUGUUUCAUUAAAUAUCCAGACAAGACUUCUAUAUAAAGGGCAAGAUGGCCGAUACCACAUCAGUAUCUCCGGAGUUCCCAGAUAACUGGGAAAAAGGGGAGGCUAUUGGUAAAGGACAAUUUGGAGUUGUGUUUCUUGUAGUGGACAAAGAUCACCCACAAGAUAAAAAAUUUGUAGGGAAAGAAGUUCAGGUUUCCUCUGACAAAGAAAAACAAACUCAGAGUGCAAGAGAGCUAGAGAUCCUAAGGUUGCUCAACCAUAAAAGAAUAGUUCCAUUCUAUGGCUCGGUCAAAAAGAAAGAUACAAUUUACAUGUUUAUCGGCUACAUGAAAAAGGGCUCAUUAACUGAUUAUAUACUGAAAGAAAAUGGAUUAACAGAAGAGAAAACAAGACUUUUCACCAGGCAAAUCUUGGAAGGUGUCAACUAUCUACAUGCUCAAAAGCCUAAUAUUAUACAUAGAAAUAUAAAAGGUAAAAAUGUUCUCCUUGAGGAUGACAAUAAUGUCCGUCUAACUGACUUUGGUUUUUCAAAAAUCUUGCACGACAGCACCAACGCUCGCUCCAAUUUGGGCACGUACAAGUGGAUGGCACCUGAAGUCGUUUGCGCUGUUGGAGAAAUCUGCUAUGACGUCAAGGCCGAUAUUUGGAGCAUUGCUUGCACAGUUGUAGAGAUGGCCACCACGUCGCCGCCAUUCCCAGAGUUAACUCCCUUUCAGGCACUGAUUAAAAUAGGCCGUGGUGAUGCACCUCAGUACAAACUUCCAGAAAAUUCCUCAGAAGCUUUAAGAAACUUUCUCAAUCGUAUAUUUAAACUAGAUCCCAAGGAACGUCCGACAUCUGAGGAACUGUUAAAAGACACAUUUAUAGCAGUGAGUAAAUUAUCUGAGGAUUUUCCCAAAAAGUGGACAAAAGGCAGACUUGUCAGUACAGGGUCACAGGGUGAUGUUUACAUUGUACAAGAUGAGGACAAUCCAGACGAUGAAUCGUUUGUUGUUAAAGAGAUGAUAACAACCAUCACAUCUAAAGAUUUGCUAUUGAAACUGUUCAGAAAUGAGACAGAUGUGCUGACCAAAGUAAAACAUGAAAAGAUUGUCACAUUUUACGGUUUCUGCGAGUCAGGAAACACACUGUCUCUCUUCAUGAGAUAUAUGAAAAUGGGAUCUCUUGAGAACUACAUCAAAACCAAAGGACCAUUGAAGGAAAAACAGGCCCAGAAGUUCACCAAAGACAUCCUGGAAGGUGUCCAAUAUCUCCAUGCCAACAAUGUCAUUCAUAGAGAUAUCUCUGGUAAACACAUCUUCCUUGAGUCUGAGGAGAAUGUCAAGCUUGGAGGGUUUGGUGUGUCCAAAAUUCUCCGUGAUGACUGGAAUGUCAAGAUUUUACUGAAGCAGGAAUCUGAGUUGAUCUCACCUGGAUCCAUCAACUGGAUGGCGCCUGAAAUGGUUGCCGCAAUCAUGGAUGACCAUGGCAGUAGUUAUGAUGAUAAAGUGGAUAUAUGGAGUGUUGGCUGCACUGUUGUCCAGAUGGUCACUGGCAACCCACCAUUUAUGGACCUGGAACAGCAACAAAUUACAUUUCAACUGGCCUCAGACAAGCCUCCAAUCUUCAGCCUUCCAGAACAUUCUUCCCCCGCCAUCAGAAACUUCCUGCAAAAAACUUUCCAUUCUCAGCCCAGUUUAAGACCUUCAGCUACUGAGUUGUUAACAAAAGAUGAGUUUCUGAUAAUACCAAUGUAAAAGAUUUAUUUCUUACUAUAUACAAGUGGUAUAUUUCUUCCUUUGCACAUGUUAGAAAUGCAUUUCUUACAAUGUCACAUAAAAAAUGUAUUGCUUUCUAUACAUAUGUAAGAGAUGUAUUUCAUACAAUGCCAAUGUAAAAGAUACAAUUCUUACAAUGUCAUUGUAAAACAUGUAUUUCUUACAAUGCCAUAUAAGAGAUGUAUUUCUUACAAUGCCAUAUAAGAGAUGUAUUUCUUACAAUGCCAUAUAAGAGAUGUAUUUCUUACAAUGCCAUAUAAGAGAUGUAUUUCUUACAAUACCUGGGAGAUGUAUUUCAAUGUCAGCGAAAAAAAAGUAUUUCUUACAAUGCCAAUCUAAAAAAUAUAUUGUUUACAAUGUCAGUGUAAAAAUGUAUUUCUUACUAUACUGCUUUAAGAGAUGGUUUUAUUGUUACUGUAAGAUGAAUUUUUUAUCAAAUAAUUAUCAAAGAGAUUUUACUACAUCAUAUAACAGAUAAGUAUUUGCCAAUCUCAUUGUACUAGUUUUUCAAAAAUGUCAUUGUAUAGGUUAAGCUGUCAACAGUGCCUUUGUAAAAUACCAUCAUUUUAAAAGUUGGUUUCUUUUAUCAAUGUUGCUAUUAAAGGUGAUUUCUUGAUUAUUUUUGUGUGUGCAAAGGAUGCCUCAUGAGUGUUUGACAGCAUCAGCAAUGAUGACUUAACUGUUGACCACUCGCUUAUAGAAAACAAAUUUAAAAUACUGUUGAAAUGUAAUGAUUACAUAUUCUUAGGAAUUGAGACGUUGGUAGUUGUCUUCUGUUUGAUUGUGUACUAACCAUGUAAACACUAAAACAAACAACAGCUUAAACUUCCCUUGUAGAUGUUUAUAGUUAAUGAUUCAGUCAGUUUUUAUUUAAUGUUUUAAAAACUAGCCUACUUUUUGUUUUAGUGUGCAACAUCAGCUGCUACUUAAUGUCAUUUGAUUUAGCUGCAGAUGUCAUCUAGUUAUGUUGAUUCUAGCUACAUUUUUGAAAAAUUACAUGAAACAGUAUAUUAGUUAAAUUUUAUUAUGCAUCCUUUUUUUUUGAAGGACAAUGUGGUCGAAUGGUAGAGCAUUUGGUUGCUAGACAGAAGUUCUUGAGUUCAGAUCUUGGUUCAGACUUGCGAUUUUAGGACGUUUCUGAGUCCACCCAGCUCUGAUGGGUGCUUGACUUUUGUUUGGGGAAAGCAAAGGCGGCCAUGCAUAGUGCUGACCACAUUAUUCCCUCAUAUGCCAAGGUCAAGAAACAUUAACUCUACUAAUCGAUCACUAGGUCUAAAGAGGAACUUCAUUUAAUUUUACAUCCCUUUUUGCAUCCUAACUUACAUCAUUUUACUGCCUAGUUUUUUGUGUGUUAACCAGUCUUUUAAAUAAUUCCUUAUUCCACAUUUACUUGGCGAAAUGUUAAGAAAUAUUUUGGACAUAAAUUGUUUUUUCUGGCAACUGCUGUAGACCUGCCUUCUGUUUUUCACUACCCAUUUAGUGUUUUUUAAUGUUUGAGAAACCCAUUAUGUCUCAAUGCUACAGCACUCUCUGAUCAUUACACUAAGCUGUUAGAAAUUUUGUGAUAUGGUUAGAAGGGCAAGUUUAAAAAUAUGAUGUGGCAGUUAGAUUUUUUUAAAGAUAAAAGUAAGAAAAUGUUGAUGUAUUUUCAUUAGAAUUGUUUUUUUUUUUUAGUUAAAGUUAAAGGCAAAGCUUUGUGAGAGGGCCCACAUGUUGGCAAAUAAAAAAAAAAUCUGCAAAUUUUCAAACACUUAACCAGCUUUUUAUCUUUCAGCCUUGUUACCUAUAAUUUAUGUAAUGUUACAUCUUUUACUGUGUUCUUACUUGUGGAUUCAUAGAACAAUUUUCCGCUAAAAAUAAAUUUAGCUUUUUCUUGUCAUAAUUUUUUGUACCAAUGUGGCAGAUUCAAAGAUGUAGCUUUUCUUUUAACAGGAAGUUCUAUUUUUCCUUAAUAUAAUGUUGAUGAGAGACAGUAUUUAAACUUUCAUUUAAUGUAAUUUUUUAGUUUUAUUUCCUUAAAAUUUUUAUUUCACCCGGAAAAAAAAUAGAAACACCUUGAUUGAUUUUUUUAGGAUAUUAUAGCUGUAUUAUAUUACACACAUGUAACAUUCUGAUUAACUAACUUAGCCAUUCUCUAUCAUUAUCUGCCGGUGAAUCUUUAUUAGAGUAUUUUAAUUAUAUUUAUUUAUCCCCAUAAUCUGUUUUAAAUUAUUUUAGUUAAUUACUUCAGUUAAAGAAUUUAAAAAGAUAGAUUAUUUAUUGUGAUAAUAGUGAUAACAGUUGAAAUUUUAAUUUAACAGUUGAACUGAAGGAAAAAAUGAACACAAGUAUAGACUGAAGGUUGUCAUGUGUACUUGUUUUUCAUGUGGAUGUUUCUAGUUUUUAUAUUACUGAUGUAGUGAUAGUUUUACCAGUGCUUUACUUUUGUUUAUUAUCAAUUUAUUUAAUCUUUUCUUACAAGCAUAAUCUUAUUUU